UCUACCCCCAAAACACACAGUGCUCUGCCUUGGGGCCCAUGGGCCCAGCGUAAAGGCCUUGCUCGGCGGGGGUUUGAGCAAGUGAGUAUGAGCAUAGAGUAGGGACCAGUGUGAGGGGUCUAGCUGGCUGGGCAGGGAGGGGAUCCCCUGCCAGGGUGCACGGAGAAGUCUGAGGACCGAAAUCAAAAGCAGGGUGGUGUGUUUUCUUCCUCCACACAUAACCAUCACUAAAAUGGCAUUGUUCUUUGUGUUUGAUUUUGCAUCUCACUUUCCUCCUCACCAUAUCGUUAGAUAUUAUUUGUGAACAGAUUUUGCAAGUGGGGUCAGGAGGCCUGGAGGAUUGGCUGGUAACUGGGAGUGGGGGAGAGGUGGAGGCCGCUGAGGAUGGGUCAGGUAUCCCCAGAAGUGCUAUCUCCUCCCGUGACUGGCUCUAAAGUCUGUGCUUUGAUUGCUUUGAGCCCCCCAUGCAGAUGUCUCGUUUAGGGGCAAGGGAAAGACAAAGAUCCCAGAGUCACCUCUGGGUCCGUAGACUCGUCCCCUAUUGGGGUAAGGUCAGGGUGGAUGACUAGGACCGAAUCAGGGAGUGUUCUCCACAGAAUGUGAGGUGAAAGUUGGGGACCCCAUGAGGGAUGGUGUGCCACUGUGGGGUAUAAGCGGCCUCCGUGAGGGCCCUGGUUGCCUUCCCUCACGGCUCUCUUGCCCCCUGGCUUCUCUUGGUGGCAGGUGUAUGCCCAUGCGGGCGCCACGCUGGAGGGGAAGAUGUACAUUACCUGUGGCCGCAGAGGGGAGGACUACCUAAAGGAGACGCACUGCUAUGACCCGGACAGCAACACCUGGCACAGCCUGGCUGAUGGACCCGUGCGGCGGGCCUGGCAUGGCAUGGCCACGCUCCUGGACAAGCUGUACGUGAUCGGGGGCAGCAACAACGACGCUGGUUACAGGAGGGACGUGCACCAGGUGGCCUGCUUCAGCUGCACGUCUGGGCAGUGGUCCUCCGUCUGCCCGCUCCCCGCCGGGCACGGUGAGCCUGGCAUUGCUGUGCUGGACACCAGGAUCUACGUGCUGGGGGGCCGCUCGCACAACCGCGGCAGCCGCACGGGCUACGUGCACAUCUACGACGUGGAGAAGGACUGCUGGGAGGAGGGGCCGCAGCUAGACAACUCCAUCUCAGGCCUGGCAGCCUGCGUGCUCACCCUGCCCCGCUCCUUGCUCCUCGAGCCGCCUCGUGGGACCCCCGACCGCAGCCAGGCCGACCAGGACUUCGCCUCCGAGGUGAUGAGUGUGUCUGAUUGGGAGGAGUUUGACAACUCGAGCGAGGACUAGGGCUCCGGCACCCGGUGUCAGAAGGGGAGGUGGCGGGAGCUCUGAGGGCAGUGGGGCCCCCAGACGGCCCCCCUCCUGCUGGCACCGCCUGCUUGCCAGCUCCUGCCACCCAUCCUUCCCGGCCGCCUGCCCGCCAGCCUACAGCGGCUGCUUGGGGGGCUCUGCAGAUCCGUGGCUGUGAUCACCCUACAGCGGGGAUGCUUGUGGAGGGCUCUGGUUCUCUGGAGGAGUUUACCGGGCCCACUCCUCCUCGGUUUGGACGGGGCAUGGUGACACCAGCUGUCGUGGACUCCCCGGUGCCUAGUUCUCCUCCCUGCUGGGCUGAGAGGGCACCCUUCUCCAAAGGGACCUGGGGACUGGCCCCAUGGGUGAGGGGGCCGAGGCACACUGCGCCCCCUUCCGUGGGCAGGGAGAGGGUGGAGCGAGCCCGUCGCCUGCCCAGCAUCCAGAGGCUUGAGCUAUUGCAAGCUCCCAAGGCCCGGAAAAGGAAUAGAGAUACAUAGAGUUGCCCGAGACUGGUUCUAGUAAUAAAAGAUCCCCUACAGCUGGGCUUUUCUGACCCCAUGUUGUUGAUAAAUGAAAUAAAUCAUCUUACAAAAGG